AUGCCUUCCUCGAGGCCGAGGGCGAACGAUGAGAGCUCGGUGACGGCGCGUUGCCGCGCGUUGCCGUCCGUUUGCCCCCACCACCCGGCCAGCAACGUGUACCUAAGGAUAAAACCUACCCUCGACCCGCCGAGGGUAGCCGCCGACCCUGCCGAGGAGACGUACGCGUUGCCCGACUCGACCACUCUCCACGUAAGGAGGGGGGAGAACGCGGAGAAGAGGUACUCGUUCACGAGGAUAUUCGACGGGGAGACGAAGCAGGCCGAUUUCUUUUACGAGAGCGUGCGUAGGCAGGUGAUCCACCUGCUUCUGGGCGAGAGUUCGACGGUGAUCGCUUACGGGGCGUCAAACACCGGCAAGACGUACACUCUGUACGGGACCCCGGAGGAGCCUGGCGCCAUACCCCGCUCGAUCGAGCUGUUGUUCUCGGCCGUCGACUGCACCCUCGCCCCGUGGUACAAGAUCGCGGACGACAACACGGUGGUAGCGUUGGACGAGCCAGAGCGCGCCCUCGAGAUAUCGAACAGAACCAGCCUGAUAAAUCGGAACGUGAUGGCCAAGGAGGAGUACACGCAGGCCCGGUUGUCCCUCGACAACUCGAACCCCCGCCUCGCCGAGACCGAGGAGAGGGAUCUGUGGAGCGACGGGUGCAUCUCCUCCGUGUGGAUCUCGGUCGCCGAGAUCUACAACGACAACGUGUACGAUCUUCUGAUCGGCCACGAGCAGGAGAGAAGGCCGCUCAAGGUGACGACGCGAAGGGACGGGUCGACGUUCCCCAACGGCUUGAAAUUCGUCCACGUGGCGACCGCCCUCGAGGCAUGCCAAUUACUCAUCCUCGUCCAGUCGAGGAUGACGGUCGCCGCCCCUACCGCCGAGUCGUCCAACCCGUCCCAAUCCCACACCUUCUUCACCCUCAAGUUGCUCAAGUACGAGAAGGAGAACAGGCCGGACACGGUGCGGGUUAGCACGCUGACGUUCUGCGACGUGGCCGGGUCGAGGCGCGUGAAGAGCAGGGACGAGGCGGGUGGCUGCCGCUCGGCUGCCGAGUCCCGCAACAUAAACAACAGCUUGCUGGUGCUUGGAAGGUGUUUGAAGACGUUGCGGGACAGUUACUCGUCCGGCGACCACGUGGCGGGCCCGUUCCGCGAGUCCAAGCUGACCAGGAUACUUCAGAAGGUGUUGACGGGUAGGGAGAAGUCGAGCUUCGUGGUGACCGUAGACAUCGGGAUGGACGCGUUCGCCGAAACGUCGAGCGUUCUCAAUUUCUCGGCGAUGGCCAAGAGGCUGGGCGAGUCGAGGUUGUUGAGGAGGACAGCGUUCUCGGUAACCACCCCCCGAAAAUCGUCCCCUCUGCCGUUGCCCGCUCUCGGCCACCACCAACAGGCCACCAAGAGGACGAUCGCGAUCGACUCGGAGGUGUACGAGCGGCUGAGGAGGGAGAACGAGAGGUUGAGGGAGGAGGCGGAGCUGUGGAGGCGCGGCAGGGAGGAAGGGGUCUCGAGGCACACGCAAUCGGACGUCUCUUGCCUCGAUUACGACCGGUUGGGGGAGAGGAACAGGGUGUUGGCGGAGCGGGUGCACGCGUUGGAGGAAGGGAAUUUGAAUCGGGAGUACGAGAUAAGGCAGGAAUUGGUGGAUCGUUACUCGGUCGCGAUCGAGCGUUUGGAGUCGUGUUGGAGGAAGCGCGUGCAGGACGUCGAGGACGAGGGGAGGGAUCUGUUGAAUUGGUCGGUGAGCCAGGUGGAGUCGUUCUACAAGGAGCGGAUCGACAGUUUGAUGCGCCGCGGACGGGCAGGCGACGAGGGGGGGGGGGAGGAGAGCGGCGGGAGCAAGAAACGAAAGAGGGAGGAGGGGGAGGAAGACAGGGGUAUGCGGAGGAUAUGCGAGGAUCUGGAGACGGAGAACGCUAUGAUCACGUCGAAGGUGGUCGUUCUGAGGGGGAUGGUGCGCGAUCUGAGAAGGGAGAACGAGUUGUUGGUAACGGGCAGGAACAAGUGCAGCUUCGAGUUGGCGUUGACCAAGGAGAAGUUGAAAGGUUUCCACGACCUGAUACGCGCCCAUUUCCCCGAGUUGUUCGCGAAGAUUGGUGACGAAGAGGGCGACAUCGGUUGCCUCGUGUACGAGUUGAAGCGUAUGCUGGACGAGAAGACGGAGGACAUCGAGUCGUUGGAGAACAACCUGAGCCGGGCCUCGGAGGAUUACGUGAAGAUGGUGACGAAGACGAUCGACGCGGAGAAGGAGUUGCGCGAGACGAGGAGCAGGCUGCAAGAGGUGUUGUCGAGGGCGAAAGAUUUCGAGAACGAGGUGAAAGAGAAGACGGACCUCGCCAACGAGUUGCAACUCCAGUUGCAGUUGUUGAGGAAGGAAUUGGUCGAGAUACGGGAAUGUGAGAGCGGUUACGUUGUUACUAGUUUGAAAUCUGUCGAGAAAGGGGGACCCCCGCGGCGUGAUCUGACACGGAAAUAUGUUUACAGCGAUGACCCGUUCUCGAGCGACAACAACAGCGAGAACAACGCGGAGCUAGCCGCGUGCCGAGAAGCGGGCGGAAAAGCGGAUCGUUGCUCGUACGACGAUUACGAUUACGAUAAAAAGAGGGUGUCGUUGAACGCUAUGGAGUCGGAUGUGUCGGAUCGCCACACGUUCAGAUCGAGCGACAGCGGUAUAAAGGAGGAUUCCGGGAUCGAUUGCACGAGUCACACGUUGAAACGGAUCGCUGAUGUGAAUAAAUCGGAGGUGUCGGAGUGCAAGAACAAAUUGUUGUCGUGCGAGGCGAAAAUGGCCGAGUUGGAAGAGGAGAACGAGAAACUGACGAGGAUGGUCGAGAUAGACUCGAGGAGAUACAACGAGCGGAUCAACGAGCUGACCGAGGAGCUGUUGGUCAAGGAGGAGGACGAUAAUCACAGUUUGAACAAGUUGGAGAAUUGUUUGAAGAAGUGCGCCUAUCUGGAGAAUCAAUUGGCCGUGCUCCAUCUGGUUCACGAGAGGACGGUGAAAUAUUUCUCAAGAAGGCAGAAAGCGGAACACGCGGCCGAGAUCGACGAGAUCUUGGAGAAAGAUAUGGGGGGGGAGGGGAAUUCGAGGGAGGGGGCGCGCCACGAUCUGCUCAGGUUGCAACAAUUGCGCGAGAGGAUCGACGAGUUCGAAAUCGUUUUGGAAAAGUGUAAAGAGGAGAGGAACAAUUAUCGCGCCCAGUUGCAGCAACAAUUGGAGACGCAGUCGAUUCUCGAGACGAAAUUGAAGUGGUUGUCGACGGAAAUUCGAAGCAGGGACGACGAGCUGAUCUCUCUCAAGAUGGAGAUGGACGGUGUGGCGGUGGUGAACGACGAGAACGACGAGAAGGUGAAAAGUUUGGGGGAGGAAAUCGGCCGAUCGUGCGAGAACGUCCGCCGCGUGAGGGAGAGGUUGACCUAUUUCGAGGAGACGAGGAAAAACUUGGAGGAGACGUUAGCGGAUAACGUUCUCGAUCCCCGAACGAGUUAUCCGAUUUUACGGGAUUUCACGCGGGCGAAGAAGACGUAUCGCGGGGAGGGUGAGAGCAACGAGGUGUGUGACGAGCUCUGCACGAUAAAAUUGCAGCUGCGGGAAAACGAACGGGAGAUGAUCUCGUUGAAGAAACAUCGGAACGACAUGGUGAAAAAGUACGAAUGCACCGUGCAAAGGUUGCGGAUCGAGAUCGAAAGGAUGAGGAAAAAGUUGAUAAAUUUGCAGAAACUACUUUUAACGAAUUUCGCGUGGAGGUAUAGGAAACUCUUGAACAGAAGGAACGAGAGAUGUAUUAUUUUCCAAUUGGAAAAAUUGACCAGCUCGAACGAUCGCGACUGGAUAUUGACGCGUAUCAAGAAACGAGUAAGCGACGAGGAAUUGCCGAUCGUCGAACGAUCGAUCGCUAGCCCGCGCUACGCCGAUUCCCAAUCUUCCGUGAGAAACGAGGAAUUCGAUACUAUCGGUGCAUACGAGUCGGAGGAAUCUUACCAAACAGAGAGCAGUUUGGGUUUGAACGAGUGGAACGUAGACGGGUGUCAGAUCCAGAGCGACGCCUCUGACUGUUCCGAAGUACAGUGCAGUUGCGGUAUCGGUUUUAAAAAUGCUGGAAGGCACGGGAGGAUGUCAGGUUGGAUGAAAGUUCGAAGAAGCUGCGCGAAUACUUGUCUCCUGCGUCAACUCGACGGAACUCGCGCCAGCGUCGAGCAAGGAUGA